AUGGUGGACCAUGAGCCAGAUGUGGAGAUAAGGAGACUACUUUCCAUUGAGUCCUCAGAAUUGUCCAUCGAGGAAUUACAAUCUAUCCACAGUAUCAGCAGUAUCAGCGAGGAAUCACUGGAAUUGCCACCACAGGCCGGAUCAGUUCGAGUACCGUCAAAUUCCAAAUAUGCGCCAUCGCAGCAACGAAUACCACCCACAUCUCGCUAUAUUAAUGCAGCAGACCAAGGGAAAGACAACAUGUCUCUAAAUUCAUCACGUUUUUCGCUAGGAUUGAAUGCAUCUGGGAGAUUGAAGGGGCGACAUGGGCAUGGUCAAAGAACUUUUCAUCAGAGUAGUGACGACGACAGCAGGUCUGAAUCGUCGGAAGAGCACAGCUCUACAAUGAGUCUAAAGUCAUCAAACCAAGAAGAUGACAGUUGCUCUGACCAUAUGGAAAUUGCUGCAUUGUUAGCAAAGGCAAAAGGUGGAAGCAUUCCAGUUUAUGGCAAGCAACAAGAAGUAAGCGGUAGCUUUAUUCAGUCCAAGGGGAUGUUGGAAUCUGGUGGUACCCUUCUCGACAAAUCGCCGUCAAAACCAAUGACACCAACAAAGAUAACCGUCUCUUCUCCAAAGAAGAGCAGUACAGCUGAUGCAGUAGAAACAGAGGAGACCUCUUCUCCAGAGAAGAGCAUUGGUGCCGAUGCAGUAGAAGCCGAGGAAACCAAAUGGCGUUGUGUCCCAUCCAUUCAAAGCAGGAAGUCUAUUGAGAAUAUACAGAAACCUGCUUCAAGCAAACAAGCUUCAGGGACACAGCUGGACGAAAGGGAGACUGACGCUGAUAGACAAUCACAGAGAGUCAGCCAGUCUUCCUUGGUACUACUACCAGUGCCACCGAGCCCAACGAGAACUUACAUUCAGAAAGAAGAGCGACCAUCUCCCUUGCUUACACCAGUGCCGCCGAGCCCACUGAGAAAUUCAUUUCAGAAAGAAGAGCGACUAUCUUCCUUAUUUUCACCAGUUUCAUCGAGAACUUACAUUCAGAAAGAAGAGCGACCAUCUCCCUUGCUUACAUCAGUGCCGCCGAGCCCACCGAGAAAUUCAUUUCAGAAAGAAGAGCGACUAUCUUCCUUAUUUUCACCAGUUCCAUCGAGAAAUUCAAUAAAGAAAGAAGAGCGACCAUCUCCCUUGGCUUCACCAGUGCCACCGAGUCCACCGAGAAAUUCAUCUCCCUUGGCUUCACCAGUACCAUCGAGCCCACCGAGAAAUUCAUCUCAGAAUGAAGAGCGACUAUUUGAAGGCAAACAAGAAGACCGCCAGUCUUGUGAAAGCUACAGAGAGAGUCGCAAAUCCAUUUCACAGGAACGAGAUCAUUGUCAAGACCGAGGGUUGUCAACAAGGGGGGAAAGGGCGCAAGACGCCAUUCAAAUCGAGGACGGAAACCAACAGUCUUGCGAAAGUCGUAGAAAGAGCAUCUCGCAUCAUACACAAGAAAGGGAACUUGUUCAAACUUCGGCAACAAUAAGGGAUGAAAAGGCGAAGACACGGCGAACCGACUUUCUAAAAAUACUAUUUUCUGGGAGCCAGAAGAGCAUUUCAGCAAAGGGCGAAAAACAAGAAGCGGCUCGUGCUAGUGAGGAAUGGAGAGACAACACAACCUUCAGAAGAGACUUUCAAUCACGGAAAACACUACAGACACCACGCGAGCGUUUCUCAUGGGAAGGGUAUCAGUCUUCACGGAUACGAAAUGAAUGGAAAGAUGAUUCCAGAAGACGUUCUUGGGCUUUCGAGAAGACAGAAAAGGGAUUCAAAUCCAAAAGGAAACCAGUGACACGGGCGCAGAGAUCAACGAGGGUGCAAGUAGAAGCCAAGGGUCGGCAUUCUAUCCCGAAUAUAAAUAUCUGUGUUCCACAAGUUGUGAAGAGAAGCAACGUAGUCACACCACUGCAGGAAGAAAAGAAACGAGAGGUUCCGCGGAAAGAAUAUAAGUCUCGAGAAUCCGAGCGGCAAGGAAACAACGACUCGACAUUGCGCAUACCAAAAGCUGAUUGUCGACCAAUCUCUGAGAAGUGGAACGAAAGUUUCCGAUACGGGAGGCAUUGUAAAGCUGGUUUUCGUACAACGUAUCACUCUCCGAAACUUGCAAGCCGAAUGGAGUCCAAUGAUGAAUACAAGAAAUUGUUUCAGAGGGGCUACAAAGUGGAAUCGCGACAAGACUCGUUUGACGGAGAGCGUAUGCUUCAAGUUGAACAAAAUCCCUUUACGGAGACGUCAACUCCAGCUUUCAAAUGUCGUACACUGUCUGAUAAGGAACGACUCAUGAGGGUCUACCAGGAGAAGGAAAAACUGGCCAACGAAUUCAUCGCCAACUGGACGAAACUAUCCGGAAUGACUACAGGAGACUCACAUAUGCGUCAAAAUGAUCAACAGACAUUUGCAACUCACAACAAGUACAAUUCUGAAACAAGAUUACCAAACAGGAAUGCCGAAGUGUCUCCAUGGUCAAGGAUUUCGUCGUUGACUAAUGAGUCCAAACAUGCUCCUACCAUGGCAAAGGCUCAUCCCACUCACCGGCACCGACAGCUGGGCGUAAAGAAGAAACGAUGGGUUUGUGACAUCUGUGGAGUAGUAAACUUUGAAUCUUAUGCCGCAUGCUUUAUUCACGAAAAGAAUUGCACCGGGCCUGCGCGAGACGCGAUUAUUGAAAACAAUCCUAGAGGACAGAACUGGCUAUUGAGCGAGUGA